UCGAGAGGGAGAGGGAAUCGGCGAGGUCGAGCUUUUCCCCUCCGAUCGUCUCCAAUUCAAAAGAUGGAAAUCGAGAGGUAGAUGCGAAAUUGAAUGGAGUGAAGCUCUUCACAAGACGCAGUGGAGAGAGCGAAGUCGAAUGAUCUCCUUCUCAGCUUCUACUUCAAGAACGCAAUUAGUGAUCCGCCGGGGUGGAUUUCCGGAUCGGGAAGUCCCGGCUUUGUCUUCCUGAACUUCGCCCUGGCUAUGAUCAAUAGAAAUGAGGCUUUUGAUCGAGCUCAGAGAGUCUCAGUUUGGUUUUUUUCGCUGGUUUUUACGCGGAAAAGAUGAGGUUUUUAUCGGCAUUGUUCUCUUUGUACGAUUUGGAUGUAGUUUUUUGUUUGAAAAGGAACAAGCUUUGAUUUUUAGAUGCAGCCACUUCUGCUGCCACUCCCGCUGCAGCAGCCCCGUAUCAAUCUCAGUGAUUUGAAGUUUCAGAUUUUGAAAAAGCUUGGUCCGAAAAAUAGCUACUUUCAUCACCUCGAUCUGUUGCUUUUGCAGAAGCAUGGAAUGCAUGUCAUGCAAAAAUCCCAACCCCCAGUUGCUCAUGAUAAGAGCUUUGCAAAAUCAUGUGGCAACUGCUGGUCCCAUCUGUCCACUGGCGAGACAUUGUCACUUUCCCCAGGCAGAUCAAGGUCUUACAAAGAUUGGUCAAAUCCUCUUGAAUGGACUGGAAGGGUGCUUCCCAGUGCCCAUCAAUCUUUGGUACCACCCAGUGAGAUUGUUGUAUGGUGGGACGGUGAUUUGAGCUCCAGUGCUUUAAAAAGAUUGGCGCAGCAUCAUAAAUCAGGCAGUGCAGAGUGGCUUGCAAAGAGGCAGCGGAUGGAGAAGCCUUUGCCGUAUGACCGGUUUUCCAUACUCAGCAAGAGACUGGUUGAAUUACCUGUUGUUGAUGGCCAGGAAGAUGUGGAGUGAAAAGAUGAUCUAGAAUGCAUGAGAGAUUGUCCUCUCCAGGCUCCGCUUGGAAUGCCCUUUUGUGCUGCUAGUGUUGGUGGGGCAUGAAGAUCUGCCUGAGAAUAUCAGUGGAAGCAUUCUUGGUUCUAUCACCAGCCAUGUUUGUGGUGAAUUAUGCAAUUCUGAGGAUUUAAGAAUACAGGAUGGAGAAAAUAGCACAAAGACAUGGAUUGGAAGGAGAGACAAUUGACUGUGCCAAUCUAUUGAAUUAUGGUCUGGAUGCAUAUUUGAAGCAGUUGAUUAGCUCGUCAGUUUAUCUAUUAAGAGCAAGGACAGGCAAGGAAGACAUAUGCACAUACAAAUUAAUGUUUGGGCCCUUGUAGGUCAUACAUGAGAACGAGGGUUGUGCAGGCUCAGGGGAAGCCUAUCAAUGGUGAAUGGCAAGAAAGCCACAUGUAUGUACACAUGUAUCUACAAAGUAGUAUGCAUAAGCAGGAAAAACACUGCCCCAUAUCUGUGCAGGAUUUCAAGGCGGCUUGGGGGUUAAAAUCCUCACCAACUUGGGGAAGACUGGCCUUUGAUUAAGUAGAAGAUUUGUCUCCAUUCAUUUGAGAAAUAAGAAAGAUGCACACCAAGUUUCUGGAUUUGUUGAAAUUGCCACUUGCUUCAUCUCUAGAUAACACCUAAAUGCUGUUACAUGGGGUUGAUAUGGUCAGAUGAACAUUCCUAGCCUUAGAAGCUGUCACUUAUAAUCUUCACUUAACUUGCAGUUCUGCAGAAGAAACCUGUAGACAGUUUUGCUGGAAUGCUAUCAUGUAACUUAUAUAGGUACAAACCAUUGAUCUAUAACUUUGUUUGAAUAGCAGUGUAUCAUCAAAAUUUGCAUGACUGAUGUAUAGUUUUCGGAAUAUUUAUUUGUCUUGUUACCAACUGUUCAUUCAGCAAUUGAAUAUAGUUCCU